AUGUCUUCAUCCUCUCUCUCUCUCUCUCUCUCUCUCUCUCUCUCUCUCUCUCUCUCUCUUCCACUUUCUAUUUUCACUGAAACAAUUGUUAAACACUUCUGUCUUCUUUGCUUUCUUUCAUUUUCUUUCUUUCUUCUCUGCUUUCUUUCUUUAUUUCAUUUUCUUUCUUUCUGUCAUUUUGUUUAUUUAAUAUUCUUCUUUCAUUUUCUUUUUUCUUUCUUUCUUCACUUUCUUUUACUUUCUUUCUUUUUUCUUUCUUUCUUCACUUUCUUUCAUUUUCUUUCUUUCUUCACAUUCUUUCAUUUUCUUUCUUUUUCUUUCUCUUUUUCUUUCGUUUUCUUUCUUUCAUUUUCUUUCUUUCUUCUCUGCUUUCUUUCUUUAUUUCAUUUUCUUUCUUUCAGUCAUUUUCUUUAUUUAAUAUUUUUUCUUUCAUUUUCUUUCUUUCUUUCUUUCAUUUUCUUUCUUUCUUUCUUCGCAUUUUUUCAUUUUCUUUCUUUCUUUCUUCACUUUCUUUCAUUUUCUUUCUUUCUUUCUUCACUUUCUUUCAUUUUCUUUCUUUCUUUCUUCACUUUCUUUCAUUUUCUUUCUGUCUUUCUUCACAUUCUUUCAUUUUCUUUCUUUCUUUUUCUUUCUCUUUUUCUUUCGUUUUCUUUCUUUCAUUUUCUUUUUUCUUUCUUUCUUCGCAUUUUUUCAUUUUCUUUCUUUCUUUCUUCACUUUCUUUCAUUUUCUUUCUUUCUUUCUUCACUUUCUUUCAUUUUCUUUCUGUCUUUCUUCACAUUCUUUCAUUUUCUUUCUUUUUCUUUCUCUUUUUCUUUCGUUUUCUUUCUUUCAUUUUCUUUCUUUCUUCUCUGCUUUCUUUCUUUAUUUCAUUUUCUUUCUUUCUGUCAUUUUCUUUAUUUAAUAUUUUUUCUUUCAUUUUCUUUCUUUCUUUCUUUCAUUUUCUUUCUUUUUUUCUUUCUUUCUUCGCAUUUUUUCAUUUUCUUUCUUUCUUUCUUCACUUUCUUUCAUUUUCUUUCUUUCUUUCUUCACUUUCUUUCAUUUUCUUUCUUUCUUUCUUCAUUCUUUCAUUUUUUCUUUUCUUUUUCUUUCUUUUUUUUUUUUUUCUUUUUUCAUUUUCUUUUCUUUCUUCUCUGCUUUCUUUCUUUAUUUCAUUUUUCUUUCUUUCUGUCAUUUUUCUUUAUUUAAUAUUUUUCUUUCAUUUUCUUUCUUUCUUUCUUUCAUUUUCUUUCUUUUUUUCUUUCUUUCUUCGCAUUUUUUCAUUUUCUUUCUUUCUUUCUUCACUUUCUUUCAUUUUCUUUCUUUCUUUCUUCACAUUCUUUCAUUUUCUUUCUUUUUCUUUCUCUUUUUCUUUCGUUUUCUUUCUUUUUUUUUCUUUCUUUUUCUUUCUUUCUUUUCUUUUCUUUCUUUAUUUCAUUUUUUUCUUUCUUUUUCUUUCAUUUUUUUCUUUAUUUCUUUAUUUUUCUUUUCUUUUUUUUUUUCUUUCUUUUCUUUUUUUCAUUUUCUUUUUUUUCUUUCUUUAUUUUCAGGAGUUUUCUUCGCAUUUUUUCAUUUUCUUUCAUUUUCUUUCUUUCAUUUUUCUUUUUUUUUCUUUUUCUUUCUUUGUUUUCUUUUUUUUCAUUUUCUUUCUCUUCUUUCUUUCUUUCUUUCUUUCUUUCAUUUUCUUUCUUUCUUUUUUUCUUUCUUUUUUUCGUUUUCUUUCUUUCAUUUUCUUUCUUUCUUUCUUUCUUUCUUUCUUUUUUUCAUUUUUUUCUUUCUGUCAUUUUUUUUAUUUAAUAUUUUUCUUUCAUUUUCUUUCUUUCUUUCUUUCUUUUUUUCAUUUUCUUUUUUUUUCAUUCUUUCUUAAUAUUUUUCAUUUUUUCAUUUUUUUCUUUCUUUCAUUUCUUUUUUCUUUCAUUUUCAUUUUCUUUCUUUCUUUCUUUCUUUCUUUUAUUUUUCUUUCUGUCUUUCUUUCACAUUCUCAUUUUUUUUUUUUUUCUUUUUUCUUUUCUUUUUCUUUCGUUUUUUUUCUUUCAUUUUCUUUCUUUUUUCUUUCUUUCUUUCUUUUCAUUUUCUUUCUUUCUGUCAUUUUUUCUUUAUUUAAUAUUUUUCUUUCAUUUUCUUUCUUUCUUUCUUUUCAUUUUCUUUCUUUUUUCUUUUCUUUCUUCGCAUUUUUUUUUCAUUUUUUUCUUUCAUUUCUUCUUACUUUCUUUCAUUUUCUUUCUUUCUUUCUUCACAUUCUUUUCAUUUUUUCUUUUUUUCUUUCUCUUUUUUCUUUUGUUUUCUUUCUUUUUCUUUCUUUCUUUCUUCUCUGCUUUUCUUUCUUUAUUUCAUUUCUUUCUUUCUGUCAUUUUCUUUAUUUAAUAUUUUUUCUUUCAUUUUCUUUCUUUCUUUCUUUCAUUUUCUUUCUUUCUUUCUUUCUUCGCAUUUUUUCAUUUUCUUUCUUUCUUUCUUCACUUUCUUUCAUUUUCUUUCUUUCUUUCUUCACUUUCUUUCAUUUUCUUUCUGUCUUUCUUCACAUUCUUUCAUUUUCUUUCUUUCUUUUUCUUUCUCUCUUUCUUUCAUUUUAUUUCUUUCGUUUUCUUUCUUUCUUUAUUCAUUUAUUUCAUUUUCUUUCUUUCAUUUUCUUUCACCCUUUCUUUCAUUUUCUUUUCUUUCAUUUUCUUUCUGUCUUUCUUUCUGUCUCUUUCUUUCAUUUUCUUUCUUUCUUUCAUUAUCUUUCUUGCUUCACUUUCUCUCAUUUUCUUUCUUUCUUUUUCUUUCUCUCUUUCUAUCAUUUUAUUUAUUUCAUUUUCUUUCUUUCUUUAUUUAUUUAUUUCAUUUUAUUUCUUUCUUUCAUUUUCUUUCACCCUUUCUUUCUUUCUUUCAUUUUCUUUCAUUUUCUCACUGAAACCAAAUAG